AUGCAGACUGGCUGGCCAGAGGACAACACAGCGAGACGCAGUCGUGGUGCUAGCAACGCAACCUCCACUGUUCCCCCGGUGUACCCCCUGGACGGUGCAAUGUUCCCUCAGGUUAAUGACAAAAACCCUUCCGGCAGUGUGAGAGGUUUCAAUUUGGUCCGCGGCUGGUUCCAGCCGCGCCUUCCGACUUCGCUGCCGCCCCCAGGGCAGCAGCAGCAGCCGUCGCCGCUACCACGCCGACAGCCCGUCCAGUUGAUGCCUCCCGCGCAGCUUCAUCCGGGAGGGCCCCAGGUGGUCGCUCCGGCGCCUGCGGUCCCUCUUCAGUCGCCACCGCCUUCGGAGCUGAUGGACGUCGACCCCUCAGCCGGGCCGCCUUCCCAAGCGGUGGCUGUGCAGCCUGUCCUGCAGCCGCUUUCCUUGGGCACCCCCAAGGAGUCUGACACGGCAGUGUCUUGUCCGGCGCCCACUCGGCAGCCGUCGCCGCAGCGUCAGGAGACGCUGCCUCUCUUCGUGGGUCCCGACGCCGUGUCGCGUCCAGUACCAGAAGCUGCGCCCGUGGUCACAGGCGUGCACCCUGACCUCGGUUUUCAGUCGGUGUUUCCCGAGGCCCCGCGCAGCCAAUGCUGGGAUGCGGACCGGGGACUGCCACCGACAACAGUCUCCGCCCCGGUAACAGGACAGGUUUGCGUCCUGGAAGUGGGUGGGGAAGCAGCAGAGACGGGUGCGGACCUCUCCGCCGGCACGUGUCUGAACCUGCGCUGCCACUUACUGCGCCGUUCCAGCCCAGACCGGGGGUCGAUGCGAGCGUCACCGGCGGCGUUCCGGAAGCAGAUGCCUGCAGUUAGCGCGGUUUCUGCCGCCCCACGCCACCCAGCGCCGCCCCCACCUUCCACCCCCGCCUUCCCCGGCCUGAGUGCGGCCUGCCGCCGGCGGAAAUGA